CAAGUUUCCAGGAGAAUCAAAAUUUGAGUUUCAAACUGGAUAUCUCCAAUGAGAACGGACUGUGCAUCAGUGUUACAGUGAACCCUGAAAACUGUGGAAUCAAACGACAAAGUCGACCUUCGGAAAUUAGCAUCCCUCCACCAUCAGUGAGGCUGGUGGAAAACAGGAGUUUCGAGUAUUCCCACAACAGGAUGAAGUGCACUUGGGAAUCUGAUGUUUAUGUCCCAGACCUUGGUUUUUAUUACUCGUCAGAUCAGAAUAAAACGGUAGUUAAGUGCAAUCAGAUGAAGACCGGAGAAUGCGUCAUACACGAUACAAUUCUCAAGGACAUGACAGAAAUGUUCUACCUGUUCAAUGGCACUGUUAAUGGUCAACCUGUAAACAACACAUUCAUGACUAAAGGUCCAACAACUUUCGUGAAACUAGACAAACCUCAGCUUACAAUCCAGAAAGUUGGACAUGACCUCCAUUUUCAAACACAUGGAUCACUUUUAGAGUUUAAACCUCACUGCUACAAAUACAACUUCACAUUCAGCAAAUGCAAUGAGGAAAAACAAGUCAUACAAUCUAAUGAAACACUUACAGUGGAACAUGACUCAAACUGCAAGUACAGAGCCAGAGUGCAGAUCAUCUUCUCAGACAAAUGUGGUGAUGGGAAGAGUGACCUGAGUGACGAGGUGGAAUAUGGAGAGGACCGAUAUCCAAAUUUGCCUGUAUUGCUGGCUUUCAUUAUUAUCCCGCUCAUAGUUUCCUGUUGCCUGAUAUUUUCUCUUGUGCUGCUCAGAAGACAUAAAGACAUCAUAUUCCCGAAAAUCCCAGAGCCAACGCUUAUCUUUAAGGACAUGCUUAUCAACAACAUCAGAAUGGCCGAGGAUCUACGGAGUACUGCAGAUGGCAGACUGUAUAUCCCUUUUGAAGAAAUCGUAGAAAGCAGGAUAAGUCUCGAACCUGAGACACCACUUAUACCAACCGCCACAGAUAUGGCAUUCAAGAAGGUAUAAAUAUUUCUGAUGACUAAAAAUAUCUGGGUAAAUCAGGAUGGACUCAGGGUGCACUGAAAAUUUACACUGUCGGGAAAAUGUCUAUGCAAGGACGAGGACUAAACUCCUGCUGUCUGUUGAUAAAUAAUGAACUCAGGCUCCAUAUACCUUUUUUGAAUGGACUUCGACCUCAUUUAUUGCAGUUGCUAGUAAACUGCUCUUCUUGGCACCACAGUGGCUUGUUUUCAUUGAAUGUAUUGUGAAGAUAAGAAAAGCAAUCCAGAGACCAUCCUGGGGCAGGUUGGUUGGCUCUGAUUAUCUGUUUUGUGAAGCUCGCACUGUACCCACUCAGUGUAUCCAGAGGCCGGCAGACGACAAGCAGCUUCGUAGAGGAACACUCCAAAAAAAAUCAUGGAAUAUGGAAAUUGUGACCUUAGAUCUCUUGGACCUUUGAACUCUUGUGCACCAUUACUGAACUUUCCAUGCUUGUUCAUUCAGCCACAAUUAAAAAAAAGAUUUUGCAAAAAAUAAAAUAAAAAAUGCUUUUAAGAAAUUAGGGUUUUUUUAUACGUUGUGAAUUGUUACUUGUAUAAAAGUGUGGUUUACUGUAUUGCAGAAAGAAAAAUGUUCUUGACUAUAAAUGUUUGAUUAUAAAUGAUACAGAAUGUCACAUGACAAAUAUUCAGACAUUCAAAAAAUAAAUAUAUUAUAAAUAUGUUUUUAUAAAUUGUAUAUAAAAUGAUCCAAAAAGUGUAUAUAUUUUCAUACGUUGUUUCAUGUCAAGAUUAUGUGAGCAUUCUAUUUCCCUGUAAUUAAAUUGCUUGCAAAACUGGG